AUGGUGAGUACGCAUGCGUUUCUUCUGGUAUUUGUGAUGGCUGCUCUGGCGGUGCUCGGUCUGUUGCUGCUAAGUCUAAGUGCUGCUGUUGGAUACAAGACUUACAACGUUUUCGACUUUAAGGCCGUGGGUGAUGGCCAAACUGAUGAUACUAAUGCGUUCGUACAAGCAUGGGCAGCAGCUUGUGCAGAUACCAGAUCACCGGUGAUUCUCGUCCCUUCAGGGAAGACGUUCUUGAUAGGUGAAAUAACACUGUCGGGCCCCUGCAAUUCCAGCAUUGAUUUUCGGCUACAAGGGGACAUUGUGGCACCAAAUUCGAAGUGGACGAACGAUAAGGCAAGCUUGUUGACCUUCACGUACGUGAACCGUCUGAUCGUGCACGGCUACGGGCAGAUCGAUGGCAGAGGCCAACUUUGGUGGGACCUCUUCAACAAAAAGAUCUUAACCUUCCGUCACUGCAACGAUCUUUAUGUGAGAGGAAUAACGAUAAAGAACGGCCCCGAUAAGCAUAUGACCUUCUUCAAAUGCGUCGGCGUGACGAUUAGCUGGGUCAAGAUAACAGCGCCGGGCGACAGCCCCAACACAGACGGGAUGUUCUUCUCCGGGUGCCAGAACGUCGACGUCUCCGGCUCAAUUAUCGGAACAGGAGAUGAUUGCGUAGCUAUCGGCCCCGACUGCUCAAAGAUCAACAUCAACCGCGUCCAUUGCGGCCCUGGCCAUGGCUUCAGCAUUGGAAGUCUGGGAAGGGAUGGUGCGGAACAAUCAGUUGAGAACAUUCGUGUAUCCGAUUCCAGUGUAACAGAUGCUCUCACAGGCGCAAGAAUCAAGACAUGGCAGGGAGGAUCUGGAUAUGUCAGAGGCAUCGUGUUUGUGAAUAUGAGGCUCUACUCGGUUAAGACGCCAAUUAUGAUCGACCAAUUCUACUGUAAUGGUAACAGUUGCCAAAACCAAACCUCCGCGGUGGCAAUAAGCGACGUGCAGUUUGUGAAUAUUUCUGGGACGACCAUCAAGGAGAACCCCAUCAAAAUACUCUGCAGCAAGAGCGUUCCAUGUAAAGGCAUCCACCUGGAGAAUGUGAAGCUCUCCAUGGCUGCUCUGGCGGUGCUCGGUCUGUUGCUGCUAAGUCUAAGUGCUGCUGUUGGAUACAAGACUUACAACGUUUUCGACUUUAAGGCCGUGGGUGAUGGCCAAACUGAUGAUACUAAUGCGUUCGUACAAGCAUGGGCAGCAGCUUGUGCAGAUACCAGAUCACCGGUGAUUCUCGUCCCUUCAGGGAAGACGUUCUUGAUAGGUGAAAUAACACUGUCGGGCCCCUGCAAUUCCAGCAUUGAUUUUCGGCUACAAGGGGACAUUGUGGCACCAAAUUCGAAGUGGACGAACGAUAAGGCCAGCUUGUUGACCUUCACGUACGUGAACCGUCUGAUCGUGCACGGCUACGGGCAGAUCGAUGGCAGAGGCCAACUCUGGUGGGACCUCUUCGACAAAAAGACCUUAGCCUUCCAUCACUGCAACGAUCUUUAUGUGAAAGGAAUAACGAUAAAGAACGGCCCCGAUAAGCAUAUGACCUUCUUCAAAUGCGUCGGCGUGAAGAUUAGCUGGGUCAAGAUAACAGCGCCGGGCGACAGCCCCAACACAGACGGGUUGUACUUCUCCGGGUGCCAGAACGUCGACGUCUCCGGCUCAAUUAUCGGAACAGGAGAUGAUUGCGUAGCUAUCGGCCCCAACUGCUCAAAGAUCAACAUCAACUGCGUCCAUUGCGGCCCUGGCCAUGGCUUCAGCAUUGGAAGUCUGGGAAGGGAUGGUGCGGAACAAUCAGUUGAGAACAUUCGUGUAUCCAAUUGCAGUGUAAUGGAUGCUCUCACAGGCGCAAGAAUCAAGACAUGGCAGGGAGGAUCUGGAUAUGUCAGAGGCAUCGUGUUUGAGAAUAUGAGGAUCUACUCGGUUAAGACGCCAAUUAAGAUCGACCAAUUCUACUGUAAUGGUAACAUUUGCCAAAACCAAACCUCCGCGGUGGCAAUAAGCGACGUGCAGUUUGUGAAUAUUUCUGGGACGACCAUCAAGGAGAACCCCAUCAAAAUACUCUGCAGCAAGAGCGUUCCAUGUAAAGGCAUCCACCUGGAGAAUGUGAAGCUCUCCAUGGUUGGAGGGACAACUCCAGUGAAAUCUGUUUGCAUCAAUGCCAACGACUGCCAAUUCAUUCGAGUCGACCCAGACGUCCAAUGUGUUGCUGGAUAG